AUGAGGUUACUCAAGACCAUUCUGCUGCCGCUUCUGGCACUGGCCCAGGCUGCGCUUUGCGCCGAGGACUACUACAAGGUUCUCGGCCUCGACAAGCAAGCCUCCGACAGGCAGAUCAAGUCGGCCUAUAGGCAACUCAGCAAGAAAUACCACCCCGACAAGAACCCCAACGACUCAACAGCCCACGACAAGUUCGUCCUCGUCGCCGAAGCCUACGAAGCCCUCUCCGACGCCGAGUCGCGCCAAAUCUACGACCAGUACGGAUACGACGCGCUCAAGCAGCGCAAGCAACAAGGCGGCGGCGGCGGGGGCGGGCACGACCCAUUCGACCUCUUCAGCCGCUUCUUCGGCGGGGGCGGCCACUACGGCAGCCAGCCGGGCCAGCGGCGCGGGCACAACGUCGAGGUCAAAGUCCCCGUCGCCCUGCGCGACUUCUACAACGGCCGCACCACCGAGUUCCAGUGGAACAAGCAGGAGAUCUGCGAGGAGUGCGAGGGCACGGGCGCCGCCGACCGCGUCGUGCACGCCUGCACCGCCUGCGCCGGCCGCGGCGUCCGCACCGUCCGCCAGCAGCUGGCCCCCGGCAUGGUCACGCAAGUGCAGAUGCAGUGCGACGCGUGCGGCGGCCGGGGGAAGAGCAUCAAGCACCGCUGCAAGGCCUGCGGCGGGGAGCGCGUGGUGCGCCGCCCCGCGACCGUGUCGCUGACGGUGCAGCGCGGCAUGGCGGACGGGGUGCGCAUCGCGUACGAGAACGAGGCGGAUGCCAGCCCGGACUAUGUCGCGGGGGAUUUGAUCGUGCAGGUGGUGGAGAAGGAGCCCGAGCUGGAGGGCGAGGAGAGCAACCCUGACCGGGUGGACGGCGUCUUCUUCCGGCGCAAGGAGGACGACUUGUUCUGGCGGGAGGUGCUGUCGCUGCGCGAGGCGCUGAUGGGUGGGUGGACGCGGAACGUCACGCACCUGGAUGGGCACGUCGUGCGGCUGGGGCGGGAGCGCGGCGUGGUGGUGCAGCCGAACCACGUCGAGACGGUGCCUGGAGAGGGCAUGCCCAAGUGGCACGAGGACGGCGACAGCGUGUACCACAAGACCGAGUUCGGGAAUCUCUACGUCGAGUAUACCGUCGUGUUGCCGGAUCAGAUGGAUAGUGGGAUGGAGAAGGAUCUGUGGGCCGUGUUUGAGAAGUGGCGGGCGAAGAAUGGCAUCGAUUUGCACAAGGACAGCGGGAGGCCUGAUAAGCCGGUUAUGCAUGACCAUGAGCACGACGAGUUAUAG